UUGAACUUGUAUCAAUCUUGCAAUGGUCACAAAUUAACUGAACAUUAAAAAAAUAUAUAAAACUGAUAUAAAUAUACACCUUAGCUCGUUUUACUUUUUUUCGUAAUACGCAUCGCUAUUCAUUUUUAGGUAUUUGCACAUUUCUUUUUUCUUUAAAGGCAACUUUCAGUUUUCCAGUCAGCCAGUUUUUCCAGUUAGGCGGCCACCGCAGAUGACGACUAAUAACGUUUUGUUGACAACCCGCCACCGUGCGACAAGGAUGGCACUCUGCGGUAUGUUUUAAGAGAUGAUAAUACCUUUUUAGAAAUAUUUUAUUUACGAAAUUGGAAACUUUGUUGGAAAAACUAACCUCGAAACACGAAUGAACUUUCAUAAAUUGCGUACGGUAUAGAGAAGCAUUAUUAUUUCAACUUUCAUUUUAUUCUUUCAAUGUAAAAUUUUGUACGUUUAAAUGAAUUUUCAGCAGUGUUGAAAAAAAUCGGUCACUGAAAGAUACAAAAACUUUCUUAAAUCUUAUUUAAAACAUCGUUUACACUACAGUGUACAUCGAGUAGUCUUUAUCCAAUUUAAAAACAAAUUAAUAGUGUGAUUAAAAAUGUGUGUCUAACAGCUCUAUAUAUCGCCGCCCACUGGCAUCAUGUUCGGGGUUGAGCGCGUUGGUAUAAGGGCUGGCGCGGCGCCCCAACACUCAUUCGCGAUCCAACCCGCGACCCGACCAGUCGGGCGCUGUCCGAUCUCCGACCAAUUCUACGACCGCGCGCGCAAGCAGCGGUUGGUGCGCGGGCAGAAUGCCGCGCGCCGGCGCCCUCCUGCUGGCGAUAGCGGCCGUCCUACUCGCCGCCGAGUGGGCUCAUGCAUCUUACAUUGAUCCUGGAGACGACGACGUCGAGGUAAAUCUGCCUGAUUACGGAGACGACCCGGCCGAUUUGCAGCUGCUACAGGAUGUUGGAAAACGUUCGUCGCUGAUCUACGUUUUCAGGCGCGCCUGUGUGCGGCGGGGCGGCAACUGCGACCACCGCCCCGGGGACUGCUGCCACUCGUCCUCGUGCAGGUGCAACCUCUGGGGCUCCAACUGCCGCUGCCAGCGCAUGGGCCUCUUCCAGAAGUGGGGGUAGGCCCCUCGCACCCCGACUCCCCUGAAGCGGCGACCAACUCCUACCAGCCGACUUGACCGCCGCUCCAUCGGACGACAACCUUGCAUUUACAAACGGACCCGUUGCGUUCUUCUUCAUAUUUCAUUUCAUUUGUUCCUUCCUUAGUCACUCUACCCUACCUACUUAUUAGAGAGAUUCGAAUUGAAAACAGGGACCUAGAUUUUAGUUCGGAAAUAUUUUUGGACCUUUUAUGAUAUACAAAAUUUAGAAUCAGUAUCGUUUCUUUUAAUGACUUUAGAUUUCUGUCGGUUGAUUUGUCUCUUGUUAUGAUUUAUCUGAUUAUCCGAGUGUCCGCUUAUUGGUUGGGCAAUUACCCAGCCUUAUUGCCGAAUCAGUACGCCUUGACGCCAAAGCUCGGCCAAUCAGACCCCGACGACUGUUUCUGGCGACGCGUGCUCGGACGUCCUGUUUAGUUCCAUACUUUGGUUAGGACGAGGAGACCCGUCGUCUUGAAGACAGUGCGACUAUUUCUAUUACAAUGUAUGUAUGUAGAGUUAAGUAAGCUAAACGUAGAUAAAGCAGUAGCUGCUAAUUGAUGGUAAACUUAUGUCAAUAGGAAGUAGCUAUCACUACAAAAUAGAAAAAAAAAUAUAAAUGUAACUCUUAAAAGUAAAUGUUUUAGUCUCAUAAGGGAGUAUCGGUAAUGGAAAACUUGGUGAAAGACGCUAUAAUAAGCCUUUAUAUAUAACAACGCCAUUUGUAUUUGCGAUUGGCAUCUUAGAUUUUUAAAUAUCUAUUAUAAAUGUCAAUACAUAAUUCAUAUAAUAUUAAUAAAACGAAUCUUUAAUGUAUUCUAUACGCCUCUUGGACAGGAGUAUAUAUGUUAUUACAGCCUAGUAGAUUCUUCUGUAUGUAGCUUCUUAUAUGUAUGUUCCGAUUAUGGAAUAUGGUAAUUGUACUAAUACUAAUAUUGGAAUAUGGAAAAUGAAUUAUAUUAAUAAAUGUUUAUGGACUA